AUGGUCGGGGACGAUGGCUUGCCACAAUGGGCGCGGAGUUUCCAGAGCACGCCCAAGGCGCUUUCGGGCGUGCAAGUCGCAUUCCGACGCAAGUCUUCCCAACUGCUCCUCGUCUGCCUCCUCGGCUGUCUGCUCACGCUCAAUCUCGUGACUUGGCGCCGGCCCUGGGCCCGGCCGGCGAACAGUCAGAGUGGUGGUGGUGAUGGUGAUGAUGGCCUCGGCCAGGUCUACAAUAAUACUCUCGGGGUGCGUGGCUCUGAUUCUGACUCUGUCGGCUCUGACUCUGACUCUGACUCUGUCUCUGUCUCUGUCUCAAGCCCGGCCCUGCUCCUGCUGUCUCAAUCCCAACCCUACUCCCUGCUGGCAAGACCAAGACCAAACAAUACUGACGUGCCCUGGCUUCCCUUGGACCAGUUUCAGAAAGUGUUUGCCAUCGGCUUUCCCGAGCGCACUGACAAACGCGAUGCGAAGACGCUUGCAUCGUCCUUCACCGGAUUCGACAUCGACUGGUUGCCCGCUGUGGCUUUCGAGGACGUGUCGUCAAAGGCAGCUCCGCCGACGUGGAGUUUCGAUAAACAGUCGCCGGGGGCCCUGGGGUGUUGGCGAGCCCAUAUGAACGCGCUGGAACAUAUUGUUUCAAACCACAUCCAGACCGCGUUGAUCAUGGAGGACGACGCUGACUGGGACGUGAAUCUCAAACACCAGCUUCUCGAACUGGCCUGGGGAGUGCGGGCGCUCCAACACCAGCACCAGCAACAGAAACAGUCACCGCCACAAGCACAAGCACAAGAUGAUUCAAGAUCAGGAUCUGGAUCAGGCACAUCGACCCAGACCUCAGCCUCACCCUUCGGCCGCGACUGGGACUUUCUCUGGCUCGGACACUGCCGCGUCGGGCCCAGCGACGCCCGGCAAGAGUUCUGGGUGAUUGACGACGACGCGACGACGCCGCCGACGACACACCGGUGGGCCGGGUGGCGCAACCAACACUACCCGGCCGAGGUGCGGCGCAACGGCACGCGGGUGGUGCUGCAGGCGACGGGCGGCAUGUGCCUGUACAGCUAUGCGGUGACGUACGACGGGGCGCGCAAGCUGCUGGCCUCGUUGUCGCUACAGUCGCGCGACAUGGCGGUCGACGCCAGCAUCAGCGAGAUGUGUCGAGCCAAGUUCGACCAGCCGCCUCCGUUCCGCUGCUACGCCCCCUAUCCGCCGCUGCUGUCGAGCCAUCGCGCCGCAGGGCCUCAGUCCAAGGACUCGGACUUGAAUUCCAAGGGCGACAAAUGGCACCACGCCUAUACUUGGGACAUUGUCUACAGCACCAUCAUGAACAUACCGCGCCUGGUCCAGGCCUUGGGCCUCCCGGAGGAAGGGGAUGGGAAUGGGGAUGGCAAUGGGAAUGGGAAUGGGAACGGCGGACUCCUCACAGUCAAGGCCCAGUGGCCCGACGUCGACAUGCCCGAAUUGUCCCUCCACCUCGACGACCUUGCCCUUACCACCAACAAGUCCCCUGCUGGGCCCAGGGGCUACUUGAAGACCAUUGCCGUCUACAACGAGACCAAAAAUGCCGCCGAGCCGGUCUGA